GUAAGAGAUUCUAUCCAAUUCGAAAAGAGAGGAAGGGAAAGUUGUUACCCCUCUGGCCUAAAUAAUCUGUCGAUUUGUUCCCCAAAUCAGAGCAUUGUUUCUUCCUCCUCAAAAGGCAUUGUUUUUUAACUCCAUAUACAGAAGAGGAGACUGAAGACACCCCAGGUAAAAGAUUAGAAAAAGCCACAUUUAUUUACCCACGGAAAAUAUAAAGCAAAACCGACAGUCCGACACAACUACCACCCAUGGCUUUCUCCUCUCUUUCCCCUCUUCCUCUCAUCCUCUUUCUCCUCCUCCUCCUCCACCAACCUUUCUUCUCCACUGCCAAUCUUCACAAAGCCAGUCUCCUCAGAGCAGGGUUUCUCUCCCACAGCACACCCAUCAAGGAUACCCCUCCGACUCGCUUCUUUGAAGUAACCAAGCCCAUCGAACUCCCCAAAUCCAAGCCUUGCUCUUACCUCCUCCUCCAACAUGAUUUUGGUUACACUUACGGCAAACCCCCGGUUCUUGCAAACUAUGCCCCUCCCUCAGAGUGCCCAUCUGAAAAAUUCUCCAAGAUUGUACUUGAAUGGAAUGCAACCUGUAAAGGCCGGCAAUUCGACCGCAUCUUCGGCGUUUGGCUCGGUGGGGUCGAGCUUCUUCGUAGCUGCACGGCAGAGCCGAGGGCUACCGGGAUUGUUUGGAGUGUUGAGAAGGACAUUACCCGGUAUUAUUCGUUGCUUAUGAAGAAUCAAACACUUGCUGUUUAUCUUGGUAAUCUGGUUGAUAAUACUUAUACUGGGGUGUACCAUGUGAAUAUAACCAUUCGUUUUUAUCCUGCUGAAAAGAAGUUCAGUAGUCACGGGUCGAACUCAGAUAGCUCUGGGUCCAAGUAUCAUUCCCCGGCCGAUUUGAUCUUGCCCUUUUCGCGAGACCUGCUGUUGAAUGAUGGGCUGUGGUUUGAAAUUGAGAAUUCCACGGAUAUUGCGUUGAAGAAAUUCAACAUUCCUCGAAAUUCUUAUAGGGCUGUGUUGGAGGUCUAUGUUUCAUUUCAUGAAAAUGAUGAAUUUUGGUAUUCCAAUCCUCCGAAUGAGUACAUUGAGGCCAAUAAUCUUACUGGUACGCCCGGAAAUGGACCUUUUAGGGAGGUUGUGGUUAGUCUUGAUGGUGAGGUUGUUGGUGCAAUUUGGCCUUUUACUGUGAUUUAUACCGGAGGGGUCAAUCCUCUCUUGUGGAGACCCAUUACUGGCAUUGGAUCGUUCAAUCUCCCAUCUUAUAAUAUUGAAAUCACGCCAUUUUUAGGGAAGAUAUUGGAUGGAGAGGUCCAUGAGUUCGGAUUUAGUGUAUCAAAUGCCUUGAAUGUUUGGUACAUUGAUGCAAAUUUUCAUCUUUGGUUGGACAGCAAGAGCACAAAAGUAACGGGGGAGCUUUUAAAGCACAAUAGCUUGCCUCUUGCUUUUUCCUUGGAAUCUGAUUUUAAGGGUUUAAAUGGAACGUUUGUUACUAGUGUAAGCAGGUCCAUAUCAUCAAGUGGAUGGGUCAAGUCUUCCCAUGGGACUUUCACAACCAACUGGAUUCAAAACCUACGUUACAGUAAUUCAAUGGUGAUGGGGAACGAUGGGAAUUUGCAGCUUGUGAAUCAAACCACCCAUUUCAACGACAGUGUCAAUGCAAAGACGCCAUCUUCUUCUGUUUACUCAUCGGAGUCGCACAAAAAAUUUACCCUCUAUAUGUACUCCAACUACUUAGAUCAAGGAAAUGGAACUUCUUUUUCUCUUGCAAAUAUCACAUUGGGAUUUAAUGAGAAGAAGUCUGAGGCUGUUGGCUUUGAGUUAUCAAAUAGCUCUCUCGAAAAUGUGCAGAAUGGGCAGGGCUAUAUUGCUGUAAAGAACAAAUUGGUUGUCGGAGGAUUGGGCAGUACACAACAAGUGUACAAAUAUGAUGGCAGCAAUUUCUGUUACUUCAGAAAUGGUGCUCAAGGGGAUUCGGACGAAUACUUAUUUCAUAUUGAGAUUUACCAUAUAUAGCCAGUAUGCUUUCAGAACUUCUAUGUUCUUGUAAUAGGUGAGUUGUUCAGGUAACAAAACCUUCUUAUUCUGUUGAUUUGUGCUUUGUGUUCAUCAAAUCUUAAACUCUCGCAGAUGGAUGCUCACUUUUGUUGCACAUUUUAUUGAAAGGUGCAAAGAUUGCUUAAUUUCUAUUUACUAAUUGCGAUGAAACUAAUUAAAUCUUGUUAGAAGUGUAUAGUUGUGCUAUGCAAAUUAGUCAAAUGACUAAUUUAGAAAAUAGAAAGAAUGUUUUCUGAAUGCUUAGUUUACUCCUAGUGUCUGAAUGGCUUUAUAUUCCUACCGUUGUUAUGAGUACAACCAACGAGAAGUUUGCUUUACAUGCUCAUACGUCAGCUUGAAGCACCUAACUUGAGGAAACUAGAGUGACAAGAAUAGUCAUACGUGACUUGAAGAAUGCGGUUCAUUUUCAUCCUUUAACUGAUUCCUGGUCUCGUUUAGAUCCUUUGAUUCUGUGUUGAAAGAGUCUAGAGACUGGAUUGUUGUCAACAUCACUCCAUGAUGGUUAUAUCUUACCAUGCCAGUACACCCUGCAGUCGCAAAAGAUGGAGCUAAUUCUGAAAAGCCAACUGAAUGAGCUACAUCCUCUUGUGGGUACUUGGCGGUUGAAGAUUAUUGUUCUGAUCUGAAACAAACUGUACUGUCAUCUGAUGGGAGAAAACUGGUAAUUGAGUUGUGAGCAGUUUCCAGACGACGUCUUACCUUUAGUACAACUAUUAAUGCUAACCAAGUGACACACUGGAGCCAUGGGUCAUCAAAGAGGUAGAAACCGGAGAAUCCCCCUCCUCCCCUCCCCUUCACUAUGCACGGCCAAUGAACUCCUUGCUUCAAUCCAUUCUCUCACUUGUGGGCAAGGGCUGAUAGUAGGUGUGGUAGUAAUGUCACGGAGCUCGGCAACCAACCCGAGGUGUCUUUCUAGAAAGUCAUCUAGGGACAUUAAACGUAUUUCUAGAAUAGCGUUGCCAAAAAAAAAAAAAAAAAAAAGGAGACAGAAAAAUCCUGAGUCUUGGCAGUUCAAGUGAGAGUUUAUUAGGCUAGUUGUUUAUUUAUAUGAAUGGGAUAAAGUAAUUCCCCAUUUCUUUCAGUAUAUUCUUGAGCCAUAUUUACCAUUGUUCCAGUAGAAUUCGCAUCUCAAUCCUAUGCAGGUUUGGAUGAGAAUGUGAGUGCAUGAUGGUCAAUACCUGAAACUGAUACCGAUGCAGUCUGGUAUAUAAUAUUUUGGUUCUGGACUCGGUUUCAUUUGCACAACAGAUAAUCAGGAUGGCAAUGCAGAGAAAUUAGAGAAUGGACUUUAUUAACUGUACAAGAAUAUGUAUCGUAUUCUACUAUAUUAUGGACUGCAAGUUUGCAUUAUUAUUAUUAUUAUUUUUUUUUUUUU